AUGGAAGAGCCAUCCUUUACGUCCGACGGAGAUGCGCUGGACUACUACAGAAGCUUAGCGCGGAGCUUGCAAUGUGAUCUAGACGAUACUAAGUCGGCCCUCGACGAGUUUCAGAUAUCUUCCAAAGAACUUGAGGCUGAGCUCGAAAGAGAACUUCAGGCCACCGAAAAACAGUUGAAGGAAUUGAGGGGAAAGGAAGAACAUUUGCUGCAUGAAAUCGAUCAGUGGAAAAUCAAGUACCACUCUUCCUUAAAAGAUCAUACGAAGACGAUGACACACAUGCAGACUGAGCUUGAAACAUGCAGAAAAUCUAACGAAGAGUAUCGGACCAGGCUUCGCGACAUGGAACUGGACAACGACGAGCUGGAAGGUAAAGAGAGGAUGGUGGCCAGUUCCCUACAAGAUGUUGAAAGCAAGUACGGGAAAGCAAUCGAAAGGAUCACUUUACUCGAAGACGAACUGAUCGAGAAAAGUAAACUGGAAGAAGAACAUCAGAGGCUCAAAGAUGAUCUGAGAGAUAUGACCGAAGAACUAGCCGUCCUGCGUGAACAUCUAGCCAACUCGACCAUCUCACCGGCAGAUGACGUAACACGUCGCGUCUUUUCACCAAGCCCUGAAGGCUGUCAACUCACCGCCACCGCCCGAACAUUUUCAGAAACCCCUCUCAGUGAGCCUGGAUUGGAAGUGCUGAAGGACACAGACGAGAUGUCGUCACCCUCGCGACCGAUGAUCAGAACCAAGCCAACCUCGAUGGCGGAAGCCCGAGAUUCCCCUCGACGCAGGCUGAGCUCAAUGGCUGCUGAAAUUGGCUCCCCCAAGUCACAAAACGCCAAGCCCUUGACUGCCAUCCAACUGAAGAAAGCUGGUUCUCUUCGCGUCAAGCCUGCUCAGCCCGCCCCUAAUAAGCCGCUUCAAACCCUCUUCUCGCCCGACCAGCGCUUGGCAACAUCGGCCACUGCAGUUUCCAGAACACGACGCUCUCAAUCACGAAGCCGGCCGUCUCUAGAAACGCCCCUGAACCCUAGAAAUCUGACCAAAGGAAGCUCCCAUCUCCAGUCCCUUCGUGCUGAGACGGAACGGAUGCAAGGGAUGACGAAGAAACUGGUCAGCUCGAGGAACUUGCGGACGGUCAGUGCCAUCCCGGUACCGAAGACUUCCCUUCUGACUAGCUCAGUCCACUCUAAAUCGGCUGCACAUAUCAAUUCCGCCCUCAAUCGAAGCAGUACCACUCGCAGCCCAAGAAGGCAGCCCAAUGCAAUCACUCUCACAGCAUCCCGAAACGUUACCCAACCAGCUACCUCACAGGACAAAGAUCUUGACACCGGUCUUCCUCGACCUCGAUCAACACGACCAUUAUCACGUCUCUCGAUCUCUUCUGAUCAUCAACAUCAUCAAUUGGGGGUCUCGAUGAUGGCCCCUUCAGACGCCCCACCGACCUGUGCAAUCCCCCGACGCAAAGCCUCGAUCGACAUGACCGAACGCUUCAACAGACCGUUGAGUAUCCACGAGCUGUGCAAGAGUCAUCUCCGGAGACAGAGCACCGGAUUGACCAACAACAUCGGGCCUACUAAAAACGAUCCACACGAUAAGAAGUCAAACCUUUCUGCUAAUGGGCUGGGCAAAUCGUUCAGCACUUCUCUUCGCUCGGCCGGAUUACCUUUCAAGAGAUAA